CCAGCAGGCGGCGGUAGCGCACGUGAAGUCCUACAGGAGGGAGACGCAGGUCAGCUGAUCGCUGCAGUAGAGGAGAGAGAGAUGUCUGUGAAGAUCUUGCGAAGGAUGGAGUCUGUUUUUACCGUCACUUUGACCUUCUACUGCCUGUUCACAGUCGGUGUCCAUGGAGACAGCUUCACUGUGCUGCAGGCUCCAGAGUUUGUGUCCUUCCAGAAAGGUGACUGGCCGGUUUCUGGAGAGAAGAUUCCUGACCUGGUGGCUUUAACCAUGGGCUUCUCAGUUCAAGAGGAUCUAUCGUGGCCAGGCCUCCAGGCUGGUCCAUUGUUCCAGCGGCCCCGGGCCAACGUUCUUGUGGUGGUGAGAGGAGUAGAUAGCCUGGCUCUGCCUCAGAGCGUGGCCUCAUAUCCCCUGGAGAAUCCCGUUCCCUUCACCCUGGAUAGUGUUGCAGAGACUGUGCACUCUUUGUUUGCUGAGGACACCCCUGUAGUCCUCCAGCUGGCCCCCAGUGAGGAGCGGCUCUAUAUGCUCGGCAAGGCCAAUGCUGUGUUCGAGGACUUACCCGUCACGUUGCAGCAGAUCCGGGCCCGUCUGUCCCAGGAUGGCUCUGUGCUGUCUUCUCUUCCCCUCAACUCCCUCAGCAGAAAUGCAGAGGCCGAUUUGCUCUUCCUGUCCGAAGUCCAAGUGCUGCAUGAUAUCACCGCUCUGCUGCAGAGACACAGACAUUUGGCUAAGGACCACUCCCCUGACCUGUAUUCGUUGGAGCUGUCUGGCUUGGAGGAGCUGAGCCGGCUCUAUGGUCCAGACUCCCCUCAGUACCGCGACGCCACGGCCCUUCUCGCUUCUGUCCUUCAGAAGUUUGGGCAGGAUGUGUAUGGUCUCUAUGGCAACAGCUCUGUGGUGGAGGUCGUUACAGUGAAGGCCUUUGAAGCUCCUUUAACCAGGAAGUCGCGCUCAAUACUGGAAUCCAGACAGAUUAGUAACCCAGGCAGCCCUUACAACCUGGCUUACAAGUACAACUUCGAGUACGCCGUGGUCUUCAACAUCGUGCUGUGGCUCAUGAUCGUUCUGGCACUCGCUGUCAUCGCCAUCGCUUACAACCUGUGGAACAUGGACCCGGGCUACGACAGCAUCAUCUACAGGAUGACCAAUCAGAAGAUCAGGAUGGACUAAGUCCUGCCUGUCAAAUCUCCUGCUGUCCCCUUAGAGCCCUCUAGUGAAUGUUUGUGUUUUGUGUGAGGUCUCAUUUAGUGAAUAAACUGUGAGAGUCUUGAUGGGAGGAAGACCGUAAUACCGCUCACUUCUUUGUUUACAACUCUGGCUACAGAACCUACAAAAAUAUUAACAUUUCGUUAGCGGCUCCUCAGUUUAUCUACAGUGGUAUCGUUCUUCAUGUCCUGGGUGAACAAACUGAGACUUCCUCUCUACAAACUCACAGCAUUCCUUAUAAAUUUAACCCCUCACUCUCUGUGUCUCAUCUGUUUUUCUUGGUGAUUGAAGUUGUUUUUUGUUGUUGUUGUGGUUGUAAAAAAUACAUUGUAAUAUGAAAGAAUGAGAUUUAUCUGGUUUCUCUGUAAAAUUGUUGUGCUUUUGUGGGAAACAGUUUUAAGUUAAAUGAAAUUUUAUGUGUAUAUAUUGAAUAUACAAAUGCAACUGUAUGAGAAACGGCUGUGCUCUUGUAAAAAGAUGUCAAGUAGACUUCAGCGUGCUUCUAUUCUAGAUUACAGACGUGUUGGGACACAAAUACUUGAUCUAAAUGUUGCUUAUUAGGAUUGGAUACGAAUAAAUGAAGCUCUGUAAACUGCAAUAUGUGAAUGACAAUAAAUUAUUAAAUGGA